ACUAGUGAUGAGGAGAGGAAAGAUGAGGUCAUCAGAAUAUAUCACACCCAACAUCCUCACCCAACAUGGGAGCAUGUCUCAGAUGCUCUCUACAGGUGUGGUUUCGUAUAUAAUGAUCUGCAGUUCCACAAUGUUCUUGACAGACUCCAGUCCAUGUUCCCCACUGGUCGCAACAAGGCCAAGAAGAUUUAUGAAGAGGAGAUGAAACGUGGAAUCACAGAACGACUCAUUACAAAAGUCACAAUGGUGGGUACUGCAGGCAGCGGGAAGUCAACGUCCCUACAGAUACUGACUGACGAGGAGCCACUGGCAGAGAGAGAACGAGAGAGCACACCACUCUUGAAGAGACCCGUCCAAACCGAGGUGGUCUUUGUGGAAGGGAAGGGGGUGAGGUGGAGGAAGAAGACU